UGUCUCUCAGACUGUACUGCAUUAAAAUUCUGCUUGGCAUUGCUCAAAAUCAAAAGAAAAGCAAAAAGAAGAAAUAAGAACCAGGAAAAAGGAUUGUACUGAUUUAAAAAUCAUGCAAAAACUGCAAAUCUAUGUUUAUAUCUACCUGUUUAUGCUGAUUGUUGCUGGUCCAGUGGAUCUCAAUGAGAACAGUGAGCAAAAAGAAAGUGUGGACAAAGAAGGGCUAUGUAAUGCAUGUACUUGGAGACAGAACACAAAAUAUUCAAGAAUAGAAGCCAUCAAAAUUCAGAUCCUCAGUAAACUUCGCCUGGAAACAGCUCCUAACAUCAGCAAAGAUGCUAUAAGACAACUGUUACCCAAAGCUCCUCCACUACGGGAACUGAUUGAUCAGUACGAUGUCCAGAGGGAUGACAGCAGUGAUGGUUCUUUGGAAGACGAUGAUUAUCACGCUACAACAGAAACAAUCAUUACUAUGCCUACAGAGUCUGAUUUUCUAAUGCAAGUGGAAGGAAAACCCAAAUGUUGCUUCUUUAAAUUUAGCUCUAAAAUACAAUACAAUAAAGUAGUAAAGGCCCAACUGUGGAUAUAUCUGAGACCCGUGAAGACUCCUACAACAGUGUUUGUGCAAAUCCUGAGACUCAUCAAACCCAUGAAAGACGGUACAAGGUAUACUGGAAUCCGAUCUCUGAAACUUGACAUGAACCCAGGCACUGGUAUUUGGCAGAGCAUUGAUGUGAAGACAGUGUUGCAAAAUUGGCUCAAACAACCUGAAUCCAACUUAGGCAUUGAAAUCAAAGCUGUAGAUGAGAAUGGUCAUGAUCUUGCUGUAACCUUCCCAGGACCAGGAGAAGAUGGGCUGAAUCCCUUUUUAGAGGUCAAAGUAACAGACACACCAAAAAGAUCCAGAAGAGAUUUUGGUCUUGACUGUGAUGAGCACUCAACAGAAUCCCGAUGCUGUCGUUACCCUCUAACAGUGGAUUUUGAAGCUUUUGGAUGGGAUUGGAUUAUUGCACCCAAAAGAUAUAAGGCUAAUUACUGCUCUGGAGAGUGUGAAUUUGUAUUUUUACAAAAAUAUCCUCAUACUCAUCUUGUACACCAAGCAAACCCCAGAGGUUCAGCAGGUCCUUGCUGUACUCCCACAAAAAUGUCUCCCAUUAAUAUGCUAUAUUUUAAUGGCAAGGAACAAAUAAUAUAUGGGAAAAUUCCAGCCAUGGUGGUAGACCGCUGUGGGUGCUCAUGAGAUAUAUACCAGUUCAUAACUUCCUAAAAUAUGGAAGUGUCUUCCCCUGAACAAUUUUGAAACUGUGAAAUUAUGUACCACAGGCUAUAAGCCUUGAGGAUGCUAUAGUUACUUAAGCACAAGUUACAGUAUAUGAACUCAAAGAGAGAAUAUAUGCAAUGGUUGGCAUUUAACCAUCAAAAUAAAUUAUACAACAGAAAGUUUUACUAUUUCCAGAGGUCUUGAACUAGGAGGAGAUCAAAUUACAUAUUUAUGUUCAUAUAUAUCACAACUACAACAUAAGCGAGGAAACAAAAGCAAUUCUCCUUAUGUUCUGGUGAAUUAAGAUUUCUGCUUUGAAGUCUAUUUCUUUACAGCUUCACUUAAUAUGUACAGAAAAUCUACAUAUAGUAUUGGUAAAAUGCAGGAUGGUUGUUUACCAACAUUCGAAACAUCCUUAAACACUUGAAUUUAUAUUGUGUGAUAGCAUACUUGGUAAAAUAAAAUUCCACAAAUGUAGGGAUGGUACACCAUGUGCAAGUUUCCAUUUUUGUUACGAUUGGACAAUAUAGUAACAAUCCAUGCCAAUGGUGCUAAUACGAUAAGUCGAAUGGCUGAUGUUAUCAGGUUUAUCAAAUGAAACACAUUCAGCAAAAUAGUAAGUUUCUUCCUUCUUCAGGUGCAUUAUCAUACACCUCCAAAUGGGGAGUGGAUUUUCUUUAAUGAAAGAAGAAGUCGCUUUCCUAGAGAUCAGCUUUCUAUUCUCUAGCAUACUGGGAGAAACUGCAUUAUCUUACAAGGCAGCCAAAUAGUGUUCAUUUUUUUCAAAAUUUCAAAAUUACAGCCUGCCUUUCAACAUUGCAGUUUUGUGGUAAAAUAAUGAAAAUGACUGAUUCUCUCAAUAUUGUAUGAAAGACUUUGAACAAUUACAUUUAUAUAAUAUGUAUACAAUAUCGUUUUGUAAAUAAAUGUCUCCUUUUUUAUUUACUUUGGUAUAUUUUUACACUAAAGAUAUUUCAAAUUAAUAUUAAGGCACAAAGACAUGUCAUGUAUCACAGAAAAGCAACUGCUUAUAUUUCAGGGCAAAUUAGCAUAUUAAAUAGUGGUCUUAAAACUCCAGAUGUGAAUGGUUAGAUGGUUAUAUUACAAUCAUUUUAUAUUUUUUUACAUUAUUAACAUU